AAGAUAGAUCUAGAACAUAAGAAAAAGAGACGGAGUGUUCGAGAGAGAGGGUGGGACUGACAGAAAAGGAAGGAGAGAGGAAAAAGGGACGUAAGAAAGACAGAGACAGAGGGAAAGUGAGAGGGGGAGUGACAGAAAGUAUAAUAGAGAGAGUGCAGGGAGAGAUGGAGGGCUCUUCUCCAUCAGUGGAGGAGAGAAGAGGGGAGGUGUCCAGGUCUUCGGGGGGUAACGGGUCCCUCUCCCCACCGACCCUCAGCCCCGCUGUGCCGCCCUACGUAAAGCUGGGCCUGACGGUGGCCUACACGGCCUUCUACUCGCUCCUCUUCGCCUUCGUCUACGCCCAGCUGUGGCUGGUGCUGCGAUACCGGCACAAGCGCUUCAGCUACCAGACAGCCUUCUUGUUCCUGUGUCUGCUGUGGGCCGCCCUGCGCGCCCUGCUCUUCUCCUUCUACUUCCGAGACUGCGUGACGGCCAAUGCGCUCGGCCCCUUCUCCUUCUGGCUGCUCUACUGCUUCCCUGUCUGCCUGCAGUUCUUCACACUCAGCCUCAUGAACCUCUACUGCGCACAGGUUUUCUUCAAGGCUAAGUCGAAGUAUUCUCCUCACCUGCUCAAGUACAAGUUCCCCCUGUACCUGCUCUUUGUAGGUGUGAGUCUGCUAUUCCUGCUGGUCAAUCUGGCCUGUGCUCUACUGGUUAAAAUGACAGACACGCAGGUGAAGACCAUUGUGCUGGUGCGGGUCACCAUUAAUGACUCGCUCUUCGUCCUCUGUGCCAUCUCUCUCUCUGUCUGCCUCUACAAGGUGGCCAAGAUGUCCCUGGCCAGCAUCUAUCUGGAGUCAAAGGGUACUUCAGUGUGUCAGGUGACGCUGAUUGGCAUCAUGGUGAUUCUCUUGUAUGCGUCUAGAGCCUGCUACAACCUCGUCGUUCUGGCUUUAACAGACAUUGAGACCAUUAACUCCUUUGAUUAUGACUGGUACAAUGUGUCUGACCAGGCUGAUCUGAGGUCCAGUCUGGGUGAUGCAGGCUAUGUCGUAUUUGGGAUCAUUCUCUUUGUGUGGGAACUACUGCCCACUUCCCUGGUGGUCUUCUUCUUCAGGGUUCGCAAGCCAGCACAGGACAGGAGCGCAUCUGCCAUCCCCAGUCAUGUCUUCUCCACCAAGCGUUACUUCUUUGACAAUCCCAGACGUUAUGACAGUGAUGAUGAUCUCGCCUGGGGCUCGCAUCCCCAGAGCUCUUCUACAAGUUUGUCCACAGACUGCUAUGACUGGGGGAGCCGAAGCAGCAGCUUCCUCGUGCAUCUGGGAGGAGACAAUCAACGAUCGUCCCCAGUGACCCCAGGGCUAAACCGCUAACACCUGGCCCACAUAUACUGCUAUGUGUAAAUUAGCUAUGUGAUUGCACCGCACUUUAAUGUCCUCAACGUCUGCAUAUGCACACACGGUCAGCUACUCUAAAUGUGUCAGUCAGCUAACACUACUGAAAGGACAGCCGCAGCCGGAAAGGAGAUCAUGCAGAGCAAGUUUCCAUGGCAAUCCCUGCUAAGAGAUGUAUCAGUUACCAUGGUAAUCCUAGCUAAGUGAUGCACAAAUUCCCAUGAUAAUCUUAGCUAAGACAUGCAUGUUACCAUGGCAUUCCUGUCUGA